AUGGUGCCCGUCGUGUUGAAUUCGCAGUCGGUGAGCGGUAUCACCGGCUCUAUUUCCAUCGCAUGCUGGAUCAUCGUGUUCAUGCCUCAAAUCUAUGAAAACUUCUACCGCAGCUCUGCAGACGGUCUGUCGCUGCUAUUCGUGAUUCUUUGGCUCUUAGGUGACGUUUUCAACGUUCUCGGGGCCGUGAUGCAGAACUUAUUGCCAACCAUGAUUAUUUUGGCAGCCUACUAUACUCUUGCAGACAUCGUGCUGUUGAUCCAAUGUCUGUUUUACGGAAACGAGGAACAGGUGGACCCAGUACAUUUGUCGCCUGCGAACCCUAUCAACGAGAGAGUUUUGGCCGACGUCUUCCAUGAGCAGCAACCACUUUUGCAUGAAGCCAACAAGCACCACCAUCACGCUGCCACGGUACAGACUGUUUCUCCUGACGCUUCUUCCUCGUCUGCCACAGGCCAAUCUGACGUUGAAAACACUGCUGGUGCUGGCAGUCGCAAGAGAACAUACAUCACUAACGGGUUGCUAAUAGCAGGCGUUUUUCUAGGUGGCUUUCUAUCGUGGUACGUUUCUUAUUUGAAAGAACCGGACGCCGUUCCUUCGGAACCUGAUUUGCGCAUGAACUGGCUCGCUCAGUUUUUCGGCUACUUGAGUGCGGUCCUAUACUUGAGCUCUCGUGUUCCCCAAAUCCUCCUCAACUUCAAACGCAGAUCUUGUGAGGGUAUUUCGUUCCUGUUUUUCCUGUUUGCCUGCAUCGGAAACAUCACUUUUAUCAUUUCCGUGCUCAGCAUAUCUCUCGAACCCCGCUAUCUACUAGUGAAUGCAUCAUGGUUGAUUGGUAGUAGCGGAACGCUGCUGAUGGAUUUUGUCAUCUUUUUGCAGUUUUUCUUCUUCAAGAAAACCGGCAUCGCUUCCACUGGAGUCCCGGUAUGA